AUGGAAGUUUUGUGCAUCUGUGGACAAUGGAUCUCAAAAGAAUCUCUACAGUGGGAGUUUCUUGUUGAUUUGAAGAGGAAUGCAUCAAUCAUUUCCAUAGAAGAAGAUCUACUGUAUGAAGAUUUGAUGAAGAUUGUCUCUGAAGAUUUUAGUGUUAAAGAGGAAGAAAUCAGUUUGAGUUAUGGUAAUACUCGUCAGCUCAGAACUUUCAUUUCCAAGACUAGAGCAUUUGAUGGAACCUGUCGUUUGUGUGUUAAGGUUAGUACUGAUCCAGCUAGCUGUAACACUCAAGCUUCUGAUACAUUUGCUUCUACUGUUCCAUUGAAUGCCAAUCCAGUGAUUCUUUCUACUGUGCAGAGAGAAAAACAUGUUAGUACUGAUCCAGCUAGCUGUAACACUCAAGCUUCUGAUACAUUUGCUUCUACUGUUCCAUUGAAUGCCAAUCCAAUGAUUCUUUCUACUGUGCGGAGAGAAAAACAGAGUCUUCUAUAUGAAGGUGUUUCUACAGUUCCUCUUAAUGCUCUUCCGGAUUUUAGCCAUGUCCAUAUUGGACUUUUGCAGAGUCAUCUAUAUGAAAGUGUUUCUACAGUUCCUCUGAAUGCUCUUCCGGAUUUUAGCCCUGUCCAUAUUGGACUUUCACCAACCACGAGAGGAGCUGGCGAUAUUAAGGUGAAUAGCUAUUUUAAGACAAAGAGAGAGUUGAUGUUGAGGAUGAAGAAAUGGGCUUUAGAGUGGAAGUUUGAGUACAAUACUGUCUCUUCUAACAAGUCAAGAGUGCUUUUCAGUUGUGUUGAUGAAAAUUGCACGUGGAGGAUGCGUGCUAUCAAGCUACCUCUUUCAGAUUUUUUCGUUGUUAAAAAGUGUGUUCAUGAGCAUACAUGCGAUACAACACACAGGAAAGCCAACCACAGACAAGCAUCUGCAAAGUUGUUGGGUUCUUUGAUUUGCAGCAAUUAUGGAGAAAAAAAGGAAGGUCUCAAACCGAAACAGAUCAUUGAACAGGUCAGGAUGCUGCAUGGUGUUCACAUCAAUUACAAACAAGCUUGGAGAGUGAGAGAAGAAGCUCAGAUUUUGGUUAGAGGGACUCCUGAAGACAGCUAUUACAAUUUGUCUAGGUGGUUGUAUAAAAUCACAGAAACAAACCCUGGUUCCUUGACUUAUCAACAUGUGGAUGCUGCAGGAAAGUUCAAGUAUGCAUUUGUGGCUUUUGGUCCUUCGAUAAGGGGAUUUUCAUUGAUGAGGAGAGUUAUUGCAGUAGAUGGUACAUUUCUGAAGGGAAAAUUCAAUGGGACUUUAUUGGCAGCUUGUGCUCAAGAUGGGAAUUAUCAUCUAUAUCCUCUCGCCUUUGCAGUGGUUGACGCAGAAAAUGGCGCCUCUUGGAAAUGGUUCUUUAGAGGUUUGAGCCAGAAGAUCCCGGACGCUUCGGAUCUUGUUUUUGUAUCAGACAGGGCUAACUCCAUUUCUUCAGCGUUGAAGGAUGUAUAUCCCUUAUCUCACCAUGGAAUUUGCAGGAUCCAUCUGCUCCGCAACAUCACUCCUACAUAUGCGAAGACUGGGUUGCUACCUCUGGUGGAAAGCGCUGCUGAUGCCUAUACGUGUCACGAGUUCUGGUUAAUCUUCAAGGACAUAAAGGAUAAAUGUCCUGAAUUGGCUAAGUAUCUGGAAGAUUCUGAUUUUAGGAAGUGGGCACGAAGCUAUGCGCCUGCGAACAGGUAUAAUAUCAUGACUACCAACAUUGCAGAGUCUCUCAAUUCUAUGUUGAGGAUGCCUCGUGAGUUGCCCAUUAUCUCUCUCCUUGAAACUAUCAGAUUGACGAUGACCACUUGGUUUUUUGAGCGACGCGAAGCGGCUGCGAAACAUAAGCACCUGGUUACUCCAAAAGUUGUGCAGAAAUUAGUAUCUAGGUUAGGGGCCGCAAUGUUGUUGAAUGUGUAUCAAGUUGAUCGAAGCGAGUUUGAGGUGAAGAAUGAAACAAUGAAGUUUGUUGUUGACUUGGAGAAGCGGCAUUGCACAUGUAAUGUUUUCGACAUUGACAAGAUCCCCAGCAUCCAUGCCAUCGCUGCUGCUAAGCAUAUCAAGAGAGAUGAAAACCGUUUUGUUGAUGCUUCUCACUUGACAGAAACGUGGGCUAAAGCUUAUGCUGAAAGCAUACAUCCUGGUGGAGAGUUGUCAACGUCCACCUAUCCAGAGAAUAUUGAUGAACUGUCUUGCCCACCUCCAGCUACCAAAAAGAAAAGUGGACGCCCUCCUACAAAGAGAAAGAGAUCCGUUGGCGAGUUUGGGGUUCCUGGAUCUAAAUCUCAGUCCCACAAGUGCAGCAGAUGUGGCACAGGAGGGCACAACAAGAGCACAUGCGAGAGGCCUAUAGGAUGA